AUGGCCCUGACAAUCCCCACCAUUUUCGCUAUCCUCGGUGUCUUUCUCCUUAUCUUAAAGAUACUGACCAUAGGUCGCCGUCAUAAGGACUAUCCUCCCGGUCCACCCACCUUGCCUAUCAUUGGAAAUAUUCACCAGAUGCCCAAGAGAGAUGCACAUCUCCAAUUCCAAAAAUGGGCCAAUGAGUACGGUCCCAUCUACAGUUUGAUGCUCGGCACUAGGGUCCUUAUCAUCCUAUCGAGCGACCAAGCAGUGAAAGAUCUCCUUGACAAGCGCAGUGCUAUCUACUCUGCCCNNGAAUACGGUCCUACAUGGCGCUUUUUCCGCAAAAUGUGCCACGCUUUGCUCAAUGUCAACAUGGCCAAGACGUACGUUCCCUACCAGCUUCUCGAGAACAAACAAAUGCUUCACGAAAUGCUCGUAUCCCCAGAUCGUUGUCUGCAGAACAUUCGUCGCUAUGCCAAUGCCCUGACAACAACCAUGGUAUUCGGCUGGCGCACCCCGACUUAUGAAAACGAAAACAUGAAGCAACUCUACGAUGGCUUUUCAGACUUUGUGCAGAUCAACCAAACCGGAACGGCUGCACUACUCGAUUCCUUCCCUCUACUGCGAAAGCUUCCAGACUGGAUCUUUCCAUUGCAAGCAAGGGCCAAGGAGGCACACAGAAAAGAAAGAGAGCUCUACGUUGGUCAUUGGCUUGCUGCAAAAGCAUCAAUGAAAGCCGGUACCAUCCGACCUUGCUUUUGUGUCGGCAUGGCACAAGCUCAGCAAGAAGAAGGCUUUUCAGACGCACAGGCUGCUUACAUAACAGGAACACUCCUUGAGGCCGGUAGUGAUACCACUGCAAGCACUCUCUAUGCUUUCGUGCAAGCCAUGUUGCUCUUUCCCGAAGUCCAGAAGAAGGCACAGGAGGAGAUUGAUCGGAUUGUCGGCAAAGAUCGUCUGCCUGACAUGAAAGAUGAGCCGAAUUUGCAGUAUAUCCGAGGCUGUGUAAAAGAGAGUCUUCGAUGGAUGCCGACAACGAUUCUCGGCGCAGUGCCCCAUGCUGUCACCAGAGACGAUGUCUACAUGGGAUACAAGAUUCCAAAAGGUGCGGGUGUGAUGAACAAUGUAUGGGCCAUUCACAUGGAUCCCAAUCGCUCACCCGAACCACGACGCUUCAAUCCAGAAAGGUUCAAGGACGACUUCCUGAAUUGUGCGGAUUCAGCAACUCAGCCAGAUGCUUCCAAAAGAGAUGCAUUCACCUUUGGAGCGGGCAGGAGAAUCUGUCAGGGCAUGCAUGUAGCGGAGCGUAGCCUCUUCCUCGGUAUGUCCAGGAUGCUAUGGGCAUUCGAUAUAAAGCCUGUCGUCGAUCCUGCGACAGGAGAACAGAUCUUGCCUGAUCCCGACAGGUUGACUCAAGGCAUCUUGGUGAUGCCUGAAGAAUUCAGAGUCAGUAUUACUCCCAGAGAUCAGGGAAGAGCAGAUCUUAUCGAGAAGGUAUGGCAAGAAGCAGAAAAGUUGCUCGAUCCUGUCACCAAACAAUGGAAGAGAACGCCAGAAGGGAUGGAGCUGCCGAGUCUGUAG